UUAUCCUCGGAGUGCUGUUAAAUUCAAGUGAUGUUCGAUUAAUUCCUAUUUUAGCCCUGAAAAACGCAAUCGUUGCGCAAAAUUGUUACUUCGGUGAAAAAUUCGGAAGUUUUUGCAGGUGAAUUUGUACGAUUGAUAAAGUUUUGGCUUUCAGCUCGAGCACCAGGUGCAAUUAUAAAAUUGCUAUUUUUCUGGCUCGGCGGCGAUAAAAUUUUUCCUGCCCCGACAGUGUGCUCCGGUACAUUGGUGUUGGUGCAGCACUUGCAUCAGCCAUCAAAACAACGGACGGCAAGGUUAUUUUCCGGCAGCACUGACCCAGCCCACCAUCAAUACAAACAGUUUUCUGGUGGGGUGGAGAAUCGGAUCGUUCGUAACAAACAAGACACUGGGGUAAGCGACCGCCAGCGGGGCACGAAGAAGGCGGACAGAGAACAAACUUCACUUUUUCACGGCUCCCCAAAUACAGAAGAAAAACCAGUCUCGCUCGAUACACACUGUGUUUAGUAGAAGUGUCAAAAGACUGAAAACAGUAAUGGAGGCCAUAGUUGGGCAGAUUGUGUAGAAUAAAUUGAUCCGUACGAGUUCCAUGGUCGUGGACUCGCUCGGUGUGAUAGUUGAGCCGAAAGAAACAUAGGAAGUGAUCUUAAAGCUAUCGUGUCGAGAUGGAUUUCGAUGAUGAUUCCUCUAAUACGAGGGAGCCAUCAUGUACUCCACCGCUUCCCAACACCGACCUAACCCCGAUGGAGAUUAUGAAAUUUGGUGCUGACGAAAUACUGUCCACUCCCAAGCAUUUGGUCAAAAUGGCAGAAGAAGACGAUGACGACGACGAUGGGGUAGGUGAUAGUAAUUCGUCGCUUCUGCCUAAGGAAUCGGUUCCCGUUUUGCGUGGCGCAGACGAUGAUCUUUGGGAACAGGCAAUCUUCCGUUCUGAUUCCCCGUUGAAUGUAGGAAAGGGUGAAAUCGAGUCUAAGGGAUUUGCUGAGAAAGAUACUUCUAAAAAGCUAAAUUUGGAUGAAAAAACCAUUAAUACCGAUCGGGAAGAAGAUGGAAUAAGUGCAUUUAAGAAAUCUAGCAGAAAAGAUUUCAAAUCAAGGAGAUCAUCUUCAGUGGAAAAACGAUCCUCUAGCCAAGCUCCAGUCUCGACGACGCCCCCUAAAUCACUAACACCGUCGUCGUCGCCUGCAAAAGGUUCCCCGGAUGAGGACAGAAAGCGAGCUGAACAUUUGUUAUCCUCUCUGCUGUUGAAUAUCGGAGAACGUAAAAAAACACCGCCACGCGAGAAACCAUCGUCAUCAUCAUCGGCAUCCAAAGCUUCUAACGUAGGCAAAGAUGACGGUAAAGAAGGCACUCGCAACAAGGACAAACCGGCAGCGGAGAAAAAGAGCAAUAGCAAAAGUAGCAGCAGAGAUGAUAAGGACAAAAACAAAGGUCGACGAUCCAAGGAUCGUAAAGAUGGACGCAAGGAUGAUCUUGCAGUGAACAAAGGGGGGAAAGAAAAGCACGAGAAGCAAGACAGUCGCGAACGUAGCAACAGCAGCAAACGUCGAAGCGAUGAGCGGAAACGAUCACGAGAUCGAAGCGUCAAACCGAAACAGGACGACACGAGGGACAAAGGUCGCAAACGGAGGAGCGCUUCUCGGGAAGACCGCCGUAAGCGAGAUGACGAUCGUAGCAAGAGGGGAAGCAAAGACCGGAAGGGAAGUUUAGAAGUGAAAGGAAAAGUGCCGGACAAGAGAAAAUCUCGUUCGAGGGAACGAGACCGAGAAAGGAAAAUCGAUAACAGAGCUAAAUCGCGUGGUAAAAGUCGUGAUCGUAAUGAGAAGGGGCGCGUACGUGCCCAAACUCCUGGAAUUCGAUCCGAUAAGAAAGGUUUCAAAGCUGAUAGUGGUUCGGGUUCUCUAGGUAGUCGAUCGUUAGGAUUAUUACCAAGUACUCGUGGUAAAACUCCGCCUACACCAGCACAUGCGGAGUCCAGUUCGCGCACCAAUUACCUCGGUGUAUUGUCUGAAGAAAAGUUCACCACGAGUCUCCCUGUUAUCACAUGGCGAGAACGAAUUGUUGCGCAAGAUGCUGCUUCUUCAAAACCGUCGACUUCUCGUAGUACACUUAUUACUCCAGCUGUUGCAGCGUUGCAAGCUAAAGAAGACGAAAAUGACAGCGAUGGAGCCAAAACUCCAAAGCUGGACAAGCCUGCUAAAAAGAAGGAAAGGAAAAAGAAAUCCAAGGAAAAGAAGCCGAAAAAAUCAAGUUCCUCUCGAAAGAAAAAAUCCAAAGACAAGCGCAAAGAUGUAAGAAAGCAGUCUACGGUUGAAAAGGAAGCAAAAGAGAAGCAAACAGAAUUGGAAGAAACAGUGAAAAAUACUACGACUGAAUCGGAACAUGACAUUUCACUGCCGGAAGACGAAGAAGAGCAGCAAGAGCAGAUCAUCAAACGAAUCAAACUCGAGAAACCAGACGAUUGUGAUAAGCUUCUGUUUAGACCUAUUCAAAUCGAUUAUAGCAUUGUGAAGCAAGAACCGCUUACAGACGAAGAGCAGGAAAAAGUCAAGGAAUCAAACACAGAGCCAGCAACGGUAUUAAAUGAGGAACUCGCAAAAGCAAUUGAUCAAGGAGCUGAUCAUACAUCAAAUAAAUUAAUAGAUGAAGAAAAAUCCACAGAUAAACUGAACGUUGAAAAGUACGAAACAGUUUCAGAAAAGAUUGCGGUUACUCCAGAAAACCAAAAAGAUGAGAAAAUACAGAAUGAAGUAGUUAAAACGCAGCCUAAACAAAAAUUCAGUUGCUCCUUUUUAACUGAUCUGAAUACCACUAGCACAGAACAGCUGGUUGAGUCCUUGCCAGUGCUGAGCAAACAAGAGCUUGAAGAUCGUAACCGCCAGGAAUCCGAUUCACCGGACACUGAUGACUACGCGGAUAACUGGGAAAACGAUGAAUUAAGUCCGCUUACGUCUGCCAGUAAAUCUGUCACUGCCGUUGCUACCGUUAAAACUACUCCAAGUAAAGAUAUCAUUAAGCAGCCAGCAUCAAUCGCCUUACCGCCACUCCAGGAGAACGACAAGCGAGCUAGAUUAAUCCCGAAAAGCAUUCAUGAAGACAUUAUUCCCAUGGAUGACCUGCUCAACAUUCAAAGUCAGCUGAAGUCUAUGAAGUCCAAAUUAGAGGAAGCAGAAAAGCAGCGACAAAAUGCUGUCGUUGCCAAACCUCAGGAACCAGUCAAAAAAGUACCCGAGGGACAUUUUACGGAAAAGUUGGCUGACGAAUAUGAGAAUUUUAUGCAAGCUUUGACACAGCAUGAACCUGUGGCGGUGUUAGGUGAAUCAAAACCGGAAGAAGACGCACAAAUAUCGAAGAAAGCUAAAAAAGGCAAAAAGGUCCACAAACGGCGAGGUUCAUCAAGUACCACUUCUAGUAAAAGCAGUACGUCAGAGAGUUCUGAUUCCAGUUCAAGUUCAUCAAGUUCGUCCAGCUCCAGCUCGAGUUCUUCCGACUCAGAAUCGGAUUCAUCAAGCUCAGAAGAAGGUGCUAAAAAGGUUAAAAAGAAGGUUGUGCUCAUCAAACGCAAGAAGAAGAUUCUAAAAGCUAUCAUUCCGGUUGAGGAUAUAGAAAAACUUGUCCCCAGUGAUUUGCUCGAACAAAUGAAAAGUCCGGAGCGUGAGGAAAUAUCGACGGAACCAAAGAUUGAUCUUAAUUCCACACCAAAUGCUUCGUUGGUUAUUCCGGAGUAUCUUUUACCAAAAGCGACCCCGAAGAUCCCGGUUCAAACUCCUUCUAAGAUUUACAGCAUAAUGAACGAUUCGUUGGCGGAACCUGUCAGCAGUCAAGAAUCGCUUUCUGCUGCAAUUAAACCUUUGGAUAUGGAACGCGAUUCUCCUUUCAAAUUGAAAUUACAGAGCAAAAACAAACUUAAUCCCACUUCUUCCUCGUUGAAUCUUCUUGGACCCGAGGACGAAGAAGAUGAAAAUCAGAAAACCAAACAAAUCCAAAAAAGAGAAGAUGAAACUGAUGCAGCUGCGAAGAGAAAAAGCAAAUCUCGUUCCAGGGAGCGUGCUACUUCUAAACGAACUCGAGAUCAAAGAUCGAGGGAACACAGUCCCAAAAGAAUUCGUGAUCGCAAUAAUAAACGCCAGCAAUCGAGGGAUCUUCUUAGUCCUACAAAACCAAAGGAAAGAAGUCCUCUGAGGCGUCCUGCGGACCGUGAAAUUCGUAGCCCACACAGGCGUCGAUCAUCUAUAGAUCGUGAUAAUCGUAGUCCCCCUAGGCGUCGUUUAUCAUUGGAUCGUGAUGUACGAAGUCCUCCACGACGUCGUAGUUCCAUGGACAGAGUUCUCCGAAGUCCUGCAAGGCGUCGUAUUUCAUUGGAUCGUGAUUUACGAAGCCCUGCAGCUAGGCGACGUUCUUCUUUAGAUCGCAAGGAUCGCAGUCCACCUAGACGUCGAUCUUCACUAGAUCGCGAUAGAGAUAUCGAUCGUAGAAAGGAUCGCAACCGACACUCAAGGAGUCCGCUUCCGAGAAGAUUGAGAAGCCCGCUACCUCCUAUUCGUAGAAAACGCACCCGAUCCAGAUCGAGAAGCUUAAGUCCGACGCUGCUUAGACGACCACCUAGUCCACCUCCACCCAGUAAUCGACAACGGAGAUUAUCUUCCGAACGUGAAUGGAAACGUCGCUCACGAUCGCCUUUCUUCCAAGGACGGCCACCUUCGCCCAAAGGAGAGCCUCCGGUUGAGAAUCAAAUCGAUGUGGUCACCAGUUCCGGAGGAAACGGCCCUGUUUUUCCGGUUGGAAAUGAUCAAUCACCGGUCGCUGGCUACAAGAAAAGCGUGGCAGACUCUACUAUCAGCGAUGCAGAACUCGAAAGUCAGAAGAAAAAGCCUAAGAGCGAGAGUUCAGCCUACAAUAAUAUGUACUCGAAAACUUAUGGCUAUUACGGUGCAGAGGAUAUGGUCCUAGAAGAUCAAGAAGGAGGCGACUCGCCACAAAGGCCUUCUCUCGACGACCGAAUCAAUAUCGUUUUAGGAAUAAAUGGUUCUGAGCAACCUAAAAAAUCAGAUCCACCUCCAACUCCCCAAACCGAACAGCACUACGGAGAUUAUCAACCCAUACAGACCCACAUAAAUCAUGGAAUACAACAAGGACCUCCAUCGUACCCCCCACAAUUCCCGGGAACCCCGGGAGCAAUUCACCCUGUGUAUCAGCAAAACUUUGCGCCAGAAUAUCAUUCCCAAGGUCAUCCACAUCCUCCAUAUGGGCCGUAUAAUCAACAAGUUCCACGGCAACCGUUUUAUCCCCGCGGUCCUCCACCACAGCAAGGUUGGCAGAGAGCUCCCCAUGCACCAAUUCUGCAACCAAUACCACCACAUCUCGGAGGCUAUCCGAACGGGCCAUACCAACCCAAUUCUCAGAACAUUCAAAUACCCACUAUUCCGCCACCGACCAUAGAUCAACCGAAAACAUUCGUAAAACAAGUUGGCAACGUGCUUGAAAUUGUUCCAACCGCUGUGCCACCACCGGUCAAAAUCACACCGCCACCUACGCCCCAAAUCGCGGAACAUCCAAAGCAAACGCCACAGCAACCGGCAACACCGAAUCCCUACUUCAUCCAACAAUCGCCCUCGGCCACUCCAAAUCUUCUGACACCUAAAAUCCUUACGGCAGAAGAGCUCAAACUGCGCCACGAACGCCGUUUAGAAUUGAAGAAAAAAAUACGCUCCGAGCGCUCGAAGAAACGCGUUGAAAAGCGAAUGCGCAAGGAGAAGCUUAAAAUGGAAGUUAAACGUCUGUUGGCGGAAACUGCUACUGCCCCGGCCAGCUCUUCUGACGAAGACGAACUCUUCGAUGCCACCAAACAGAAGGAGGUGGUUGCCGCCCUCAGUCGCAACUACGAACGAAGCAUCCUGCGAACUAAAACCGGCUCCUGUGUGGCCCGCAAAAAGGUACUGUUUGCCGAUGGCGUUGCUCCAGGCGACGAAUCGUCUUCUUCCGGUGCGGAAGCACUAAGAUCACCGGCGAAAAUUUCCGCCUCCAAGCAGCGUAAAAAGCUACGACGAAAACGAACCUUGAAGGUUACCGGACGGAAGAGGUUACUGGAGAGGCUGAAGUUACCGGAACUGGAUUUAGAGAAAGAACAAGUGGAUCCGGAGCUCGAAAGAAUGUCACCUCCUCCACCUCCCCCUGGGUCACCACCGCCGGAGCUAAUGCAACCACGAUGUGUCAACCCUCCUCCAGUGCAGUUUAUCGAUUUCCGAGAUGCUCCGCCAAUGCUGCCCUUUCGUGCUUCUAGUAGCGGUACUACACCUUCGAAUACGUCUUCUUCUGUUGGCUCUAGCAAUCCGGCUACUCCAUUUCAUCCAGCAACACCACCAAACCCCAACGGCAACACGAAUCCUAAUAUUGCUAAUUCAAAUCAUAAUCUGAACAAUCACACCGGUGCACCACCUCCAGCACCUCCAGGUCCUUCCAUGUAUCGCAACGCCCCAAACGUUGGAAUGCCCGCAAAUAUGCCCCCGCAUAUUAGAACCCAUCACCACCAACAUGUUCCCCAUCAUUACCACCAUCAUCCGAGUCAUCCACCACCACCUCUAUCCCAUCUCCCGCCGCCGCUACAACAGCAGCAACAACAGCAACCACCCCCAGGUAUGUCUCCCGGCAUGAUGGGUGGACCUCCAAUAAUGAUGAAGAAACAUCACAGGCGCGAUGGUUAUCGAGGACCUCAUGCUCCACCGGAAGCCCAACACCCAAUCGACGCCGCAGCUGCGAUGAGGCACGGAAUGUCCUACGACAUGCACCACUAGGUGCAGGUAUCAGUUUUUAAGAUAGCUUCUUUUUUCGAAGUAAUUAUCAGUGCAAACAGCAAAUAGCUCAUGGAGAGCUAAGCAGUGCACGUUUUGAAUUUUCUGAACCAUUCAGCGUGAUAGCCGAACGGGGGAAGCUUUGGCUUGGAAGCUUCUUUAGAUUUGAAAUGAUAAGUCUUAAAGAUUUUUUAUUUGAAUUUUAAUUUGAUCGUGAAAAAAUUAAAAUGAACUACACACAAACAAGCGAAAUUAUUGCAUAAGAACGUGUUUGUCAAAUAGUGUUGAGUAUGCUAACAAGAUAGUAAUAUAAUUUCAUAAAUCAUCUAUGAUUAAAUAAAUUAAUAAUACUAUGUUAUUGAACUGUAGCAAA